UAACCAUUAAAGAGAGAGAAAGGGGGCGAUCGAGGGGGAUUGGAUUCUUGGAAGGGAUGGAGGUCCGGAAUGUGGACAACGCCUCCGCCGCGCUGCCCUCUCCGGCGCCGUCUUCGAAGCAACCCAAGGCGCCGCCCAAUCCUGUCGACACCACUUCGGUGUCCCGGAGGCUCCAGAAGGAGUUGAUGUCUCUCAUGAUGAGUGGAGAUGUUGGAGUAUCAGCCUUUCCUGAAGGCGAAAACAUCUUCUCUUGGGUUGGUACUAUUGAAGGAGGCAAAGGAACUCCAUAUGAAGGUUUAUCCUACAAGCUUUCGUUGCGCUUUCCAUAUGACUACCCUUUUAAGCCUCCCCAGGUUAAGUUUGAGACUCCAUGCUUCCAUCCAAACGUCGAUCAUUAUGGCAAUAUUUGUUUAGACAUCCUCCAGGAUAUGUGGUCUUCAGCAUAUGAUUGCAGAACAAUCUUGUUGUCCAUUCAGAGCUUGUUAGGAGAACCCAAUAAUGAAAGUCCUCUCAAUAGCUAUGCUGCAACACUGUGGAGCAACCAAGAAGAUUACAGAAAAAUGGUUCACAAGCAUUACAUGGAUGCUGCUGAAGCAUUAGAAAGUUGAGUUGCAUACUUUCUUCAAAAAUGCUUAAUGAAGACUGCAUAAAAUUGAGCAUUGUGUUUGGAAGAUGAGCUCUAUGACAAUCUUCUGGCAGGGACACUGUAUACAUGUAUUUCUCUCUGUAAAGUUUAGAAGCCUCAUUUUGUGUAUAGCCAAGCAGGGAAACUGGACGCCUCUCUCCUUAUCCUUGAGUCAGAUAAUGUACAACUCAGGGGAAAAAGCAAGAUGAUGGUAUUGGUUAUUAGCUAUAUUGCAGCAUUUAUGAUCGAACGUAUUCUUGUGAAGAUGUACAUAUUCUUGUUAGAUUCUUCUAGUGUGCAUCUUUGUAUAAUUGUAGUAGGUCGUCUUUUGUUAAAAUUUCAGACAAACAGCAUCAAGCAAAAUUAUGCAUUGCAUCCAUGAAUAACACAUUUGUCUUUGCUUGCACAU